CCUCUCUCCCACCUUAUCACCCUGCCACACCCUCCAAACCCACGGGCUUUCCACUCCUCUCUCUCUCUCUCUCUCUCUCUCUGUGUUACUGUCAUGGCGAAAGACCUCGAGGGAGCCCCUCCUCACAAGGACUACCAUGACCCGCCUCCCGCUCCUCUCCUCGACGCCGCCGAGCUCGGCAAGUGGUCCUUCUACAGGGCCAUCAUUGCCGAGUUCGUCGCCACCCUCCUUUUCCUCUACAUCACUGUCUUGACCGUUAUUGGUUACAAAAGCCAGAUCGACACCGCUAAUAACGGAGGCCCCUGCGACGGCGUCGGCAUUCUCGGCAUUGCUUGGGCCUUUGGCGGCAUGAUUUUCGUCCUUGUCUACUGCACCGCCGGCAUUUCUGGGGGUCACAUAAACCCGGCCGUGACUUUCGGGUUGUUCCUGGCGAGGAAGGUGUCGUUGAUUAGAGCGAUUAUGUACAUGGUGGCUCAGUGCUUGGGAGCCAUAUGCGGGUGUGGCUUGGUCAAGGCUUUCCAGAAGGCCUACUACAACAGGUAUCAAGGUGGAGCCAACAUGUUGUCUUCUGGCUACAGGAAAGGCACUGGUUUGGGUGCUGAAAUUGUUGGUACCUUCGUCCUUGUCUACACCGUCUUCUCUGCCACUGAUCCCAAGAGAAAUGCCAGAGACUCUCACGUUCCCGUGUUGGCUCCUCUUCCGAUUGGAUUUGCGGUCUUCAUGGUUCACCUGGCCACCAUCCCCAUAACCGGCACCGGCAUCAACCCGGCCAGGAGCUUCGGGGCCGCAGUCAUGUACAACAAUCAGACGGCGUGGGAUGACCAUUGGAUCUUCUGGGUCGGACCCUUCGUCGGUGCCGCAAUUGCUGCAAUUUACCACCAAUACGUGUUGAGGGCUCAGGCGGCCAAAGCUCUGGGCUCUUUCAGGAGCCACUCCAACUUGUGAGUUUCGCGCGCUCGGGGUCGGAGCGUGCGCUUUAUCAGUGAGGAUGGCGGAGGAGGAUGAAGCUGAAGUGAUUUGCAUAUGCAUGGGAGAGUGCAAUUUGUAUAUGGUGAUAUUGAUUAUGAUAUAAUCAUUAUUAAUUAGUGGUAUGAAGCGUCAGCAGUCAGCAACCGAGUUUGUUCUUGAAGUACUUUAGGGGAUUGACUCCGUUGAAAUGUGCGUUGGGACGUCAUUGUAUUUUAAAUUUCGCGUAGCGGUCCGGGUCGUUACUUUGUAUUGUUAUUUGUGAGGGUGAGAGGAAUUACUGUACUCAUGUUUUGAAGUCUCGUGUAUGGAUGAUGAUGGUGCUGAGCUUUUUGUGAGGAAA